GGACUAGCGAGUGCUGGGGAUCCUGGAGGAGCUACCGCUGCUGCUGCCGCCGCCGCCGCCGCCCGCUCCGCGCCGCGCCUCGGCAGCUGGGACACAGCCGCCGUCGGGGAGCGCCAGAGCACGGUCACCAGUUCAUCAUGAUGGACUUGGAGCUGCCGCCGCCCGGACUGCCGUCCCAGCAGGACAUGGAUUUGAUUGACAUACUUUGGAGGCAAGAUAUAGAUCUUGGGGUAAGUCGAGAAGUAUUUGACUUUAGUCAACGCCGAAAGGAGCAUGAGCUGGAAAAACAGAAGAAACUUGAAAAGGAAAGACAAGAACAACUCCAAAAGGAGCAAGAGAAAGCUUUUUUUGCUCAGUUACAACUAGAUGAAGAAACAGGUGAAUUCCUCCCAAUUCAGCCAGCCCAACACAUCCCAUCAGAAACCAGCAGCUCUGCCAACUACUCCCAGGUUGCCGACAUUCCCAAACCAGACGCUUUGUACUUUGAUGACUGCAUGCAGCUUUUGGCAGAGACAUUCCCGUUUGUCGAUGACAAUGAGGUUUCUUCAGCUGCGUUUCAGUCACUUGUUCCUGAUAUUCCCAGCCAAAUGGAGACUCCAGUCUUCGUUGCUCCUAAUCAGGCUCAGUCAUCCCAGACUCUCCUCGUUCAGUCAGUCAUUGCUGAUCUAGACAAUAUGCAGCAGGACAUUGAGCAAGUUUGGGAGGAGCUAUUAUCCAUUCCAGAAUUGCAGUGUCUUAAUAUUCAAAAUGACAAACUGGUUGAGACUAACACAGUUCCAAGUCCAGAAACCAAAAUGACAGAAAUCGACAACAGUUACCAUUUCUACUCAUCAGUGCCCUCGCUGGAAAAAGAAGUAGGUAACUGUAGUCCGCAUUUUCUCAAUGCUUUCGAGGAUUCCUUCAGCAGCAUCCUCUCCACAGAAGAUUCCAGCCAGUUGACCGUGAGCUCAUUAAAUUCAGAUGCCACAAUAAACACAGAUUUUGGUGAUGAAUUUUAUUCUGCUUUCAUAGCAGAACCCAGUAGUAGCAACAGCGUGCCCUCCUCUGCUACGUUAAGCCAGUCACUCUCUGAACUUUUUAAUGGGCCAAUUGAUGUUUCUGAUCUAUCACUCUGUAAAGCCUUCAAUCAGAACCAGCCUGAAAGCACAGAAUUCAAUGAUUCUGACUCUGGCAUUUCACUCAACACAAGUCCUGGCAUGGCCUCACCAGAACACUCGGUGGAAUCUUCAGUCUAUGGAGACACACCACUUGGCUUCAGUGAUUCGGAAAUGGAAGAGAUAGAUAGUGCUCCUGGAAGUGUUAAACAGAAUGGUCCUAAAACACAGCCAGUACAGUCUGCUGGAGAUACAGCCGAACCCCUGUCCCCAUCUCCAGGGCACAGCGCUCCUGCACGUGAUACCCAGGGCGAAAACACACCAAAGAAGGAAUUGCCUGUAAGCCCUGGUCAUCGGAAAACCCCAUUCACAAAAGACAAACAUUCGAGCCGCUUAGAGGCUCAUCUCACAAGAGAUGAGCUAAGGGCAAAAGCUCUCCAUAUCCCAUUCCCUGUUGAAAAGAUCAUUAACCUCCCUGUUGAUGACUUCAAUGAAAUGAUGUCCAAGGAGCAGUUCAAUGAGGCUCAGUUGGCAUUAAUUCGAGAUAUACGCAGGAGGGGUAAGAAUAAAGUGGCUGCUCAGAAUUGCAGAAAAAGAAAACUGGAAAAUAUAGUGGAACUGGAACAAGAUUUGGAUCAUUUAAAAGAUGAAAAAGAAAAAUUGCUCAAAGAAAAAGGGGAGAAUGACAAAAGCCUCCAUCUACUGAAAAAACAACUCAGCACCUUGUAUCUCGAAGUGUUCAGCAUGCUCCGUGAUGAAGAUGGAAAACCUUACUCUCCUAGUGAGUACUCCCUGCAGCAGACAAGAGACGGCAAUGUAUUCCUUGUGCCCAAAAGUAAGAAGCCAGAUAUGAAGAAAAACUAGAUUUGGGAAGAUCUGACCUUUUCUGAGCUAGUGGGUUGUUUUGGGGGUUUUUUUGGUUUUGUUUUUGUUUUUGUACUGUUAUACUAAAAGCUCCUACUGUGAUGUGAAAUGCAAAAAUAUACUUUAUAAGUAAUUCUACGCAAAAUUGUAGUCAAAACUAGUAUAGAAAAUAAUUCAGACUUUAAAAAGCAUUAAAAUAAUUCAUCAGUAUGCUGAAUCAGUAGUUUCACUUUAACUGCAAACUUAAUUUCUUAGAACACCAUUUGGGCUAGUUUCUGUAUAAGUGUAAAUACUACAAAAACUUCUUAUUUAUACUGUUCUUAUCUAAUUUGUUACAUUCAUAGAUUUAUAUGAUAUCUGGCUAAAAGCAAAUUGUUGUAAAACUAACCACUAUGUACUUUUUUUUAUAAAUAUUGUAUGAACAAAAGCAUUUUUUUAUAUUAAAUUGUUUAGCUCUGGCAAAAACCAAUUUAGUUGAAAAGCUGGUACUAAUAAAGGAAUAUUACUGUUAA